AUGGCGGACGAAGACAUGGCCAAGCUGUCACUCCACGACGAAGAUGAGAAGAAGAUGCCACAUCUGCCCAACGAGAUCCUCACCAAGAUCUUCUCCCAUCAUCAAUUUCCAUCUGCCUCCACGAUUGGCCGUGACCGCUACGAAGGCCUCAACAUCCCCAAAGGCCCUUUGGUUCGCACUGGACCGAUCGAAGACUACAUUGACAAUGACCUCAACACGGGUGCCUCCAUCCACAAGCACGGCGAGUACAAAGAGAAGCUUCGCACCUUGUCUGCCAUCAGCAAUGCCAGCCGUACAUUCCACAAAGUCGCCCUGCCGCUUAUGUACGCCAUCUAUCCCGGACAGACGGUCGUCAAGCCCAAGCUCUUCCUGCGCUCGAUCAAGAAGAACCCAGAGCUGGCUCCGCUGGUCAAGCAGAUGGUGAUCGACCCGUGGGAUACGUUCAACGGUUCCAAGCAAGUGCGAGACAGCAUCGAGCGAGUCGGUUUGCAGAAGGAGCUUCCGAGCAUCUUGGAUCGUCAGGCUGAGGAGUGGAAUGACGAGGCGUACGCCACUCUUCUACUGCUUCGUUGCCCCGACAUUGAUGCUCUGACUAUCACGCUGCCGAGCUUCUACAGUGCUGAUGUCGGCCUGUUCGAUCUCCUCAAGAAGAUUCGCCAAGCUGACUGCGACUCACGCACGAAGAAGAACGGCAACGUCGGCAAGCCAGAGAACGUCUUGGUCGACAUGCCGCUCCGCAAGGGUGCUCACGCUUUGAUGCGUCUAUCUUCUGUCGAGUCAGUCACGGCCUACCGUUUCUGGGACGGCGCCACCACGCUCAAAGGCUUGCAGCACCUCCAGUCUCUCACGCUUUGGAGAAACAGUUUCAAGCCGGCAGAGCUCCUCAAAGCCCUCGACACCUGUACUGGCCUGCGCUCUCUCAACAUCAUGUUCGCUGGCUUCAAGUCCAUCCUCGGCAAGCUUCUCCCAGACGACCGCAUCGACAUGAACGAGCUCGGCAAGAUCAUCCGCAUGAAGCUCACCAACCUCCGCGAUCUCCGUCUCGACGACCGUGAACAGGACCCUCCAAAGCCUUACGUCUUACCUUCGCUGAGACGUGGCCCACCCUUGGAGAAGCUCGCCAUCAACGAGGCUGCCCUCGGCUGCUACACCGGCCGCCGCAUGCCCAGCAUCCCACUCGCCGACAUGCUCCCCAAAUCUCUCCAAUCCCUCGCCAUCCUCCGCUCGAACCAAUGGUGGCACGAAGCCGACCACGGUCCUCGCGGCAACGAGUUCAUCGGCGACGAUGGAGUGACGUACCGCUUCGACGCCAUCCACGACAAGAUCGUCGAAUUCCUCCGCAGUCGCCAUGAGAAGUGUCCCGAGCUGAAGGAGAUCUAUCUCGAUACGCCGGCGAAGUUUGGGAGGAGUGUGAAGGCUUUCGGGUGGAAAAUCGAGCGGGUCGUUGAGGCUGAGGUGCUGGAGAGACCGAGUGUUGUUGUGGACAUGUUGGUUCCGCCGAAGGAGAAGAGGGAGUGGGAGAAGACGCAGGUUGAGCGGGGAAGGCUGCGAUUCUGUUGA